GUGGUUUGUUUAACAAAAUAAGGAACCAAAGGGAUAGGGGGGGGGGGGGGGCUUUCGCUCCUCCCUAAACAGAACGACUACAAAAUGCUACUCAGGGACAGCCAAUUUAAUUGGUUGAAUAAAGUGGUCAGCCCCUCCAAAAUUAACACAAAUAAAAUCGUGGCGAGCUCCAGGGCAAUAUCCGCGAUGGACUCUACACCUAGCGAGAACAGAUCAGACAAGCGCAAAGUAAUCGCAGUAGUUGGAGGAGGCUUGGUAGGAGCUCUGAACGCCUGCUACUUUGCAAAAAGAGGUUUUGCAGUUGAGCUCUUUGAAUCUCGUGAAGAUAUCCGACAAGCCAAAGUUGUGCGUGGCAGAAGCAUUAACUUGGCUUUGUCUCACAGAGGCCGACAGGCUUUGAAACAUGUCGGAAUGGAGGAAAAGAUCGUGUCCAAGGGCAUCCCCAUGCGUGCCCGGAUGAUCCAUGCCCUGAAUGGGACCCGAUCUCCCAUCCCGUACGGGAAAAAGGGCCAGUACAUUCUGUCUGUGGACCGAGCCAACCUGAACAAGGAGCUUCUAACAGCGGCCGAGCAUUACCCAAACGCAAAGCUAAACUUUGGACACAAACUUUUGGACUGGAGCAUCGAGUCGGGAGCAAUGACCUUCCUCAGGCCGGACGGCGCGAAGGAGCAGAUCAAAGCUGACCUGAUCGUGGGCUGCGAUGGCGCGUUCUCCGCCAUCAGGAAGCAGUUCCUCCGGCAGAGCCGCUUCAACUACAGCCAGACCUACAUCCCCCACGGCUACAUGGAGCUCACCAUGCCCCCUCACAACGGAGACUUUGCCAUGGAGCCCAACUACCUUCAUAUAUGGCCCCGGAACACAUUCAUGAUGAUUGCCCUGCCGAACCAGGACAAGACCUUCACCUGCACUCUAUUCAUGCCAUUUGAAGAUUUUGAGAAAAUCACCACAGAAGAAGAAGUCAUGGGCUUCUUCCAGACCUAUUUCCCAGAUUCUAUCCCUCUCAUCGGAGAGGUCGCUAUAAAGAGGGACUACUUCCGCCUGCCGGCCCAAGCCAUGGUGUCCGUCAAGUGCUCCCCGUAUCACAUGGGGGACAAGUGUGUGAUGAUGGGGGAUGCCGCCCAUGCAGUGGUCCCCUUCUAUGGCCAGGGAAUGAAUGCGGGCUUUGAAGACUGCCUUGUUUUUGAUGAAGUAAUGGAACAAUUCAAUGAAGAUUUCAGUGUUGUGCUUCCAGAGUAUACCAGAGUGCGUGUGCCUGAUGACCACGCCAUUGCUGACCUCGCCAUGUACAACUACGUUGAGAUGCGGUCGCACGUCAAUUCAAAAUGGUUCCUUUUCCGGAAAUACUUGGACAAUUUUCUUCAUUUUAUAAUGCCAAACACAAUCAUACCGCUGUACACUAUGGUAACAUUUACCAGGACUAGGUAUCACGAAGCUGUAAAACGCUGGCACUGGCAGAACAAGGUGAUCAAUCGGGGCCUGAGUCUGUGUGGCGUAGCGUCCCUGGCUGGAGGAACCUACCUGGCCAUUCGAUUCGCCCUGAGCCACCCCAGUCUCACCGUGGACCAGCUGUGGAGCCGGGUCCAUACUCUCAGAUGGUACUGAUACCGUUCCCGCUACCGGGGAUGACAAAAAACAGGACAAAUCCUGUCCACGAGAGUUUCAGUCCUGUCGACUUGACCCGGCUACCGAACAGAGAAUGGUUUGCUGGCAAGUUAUUAAUUAGUAUCAGGCUUAAAAAAAUUGGAAUUUUGAUUGCCUGAGGGCCUGGGUAAUGUCAAAUCCCUGACCCACAGCCCUCCCUUAAUCAGUAAGUGAUUGACAGAUAAUUUCAGCCAAGGUCAGUGUUACCAGCCUUGACCUUGGAAGGACUCAGGUUUACCAUAGAUGUAUUCAGUACCUAAGCAUCAAGUGGGUCACAUCUACAUAAAUCCAAUGUGCC